AUGAAGACGCCGACUGCUCUCCUCGCCCUCGCUCUGCUCGCAGAGGGCGCCGUUCCUGGAUCGCGCGUCGAUUCGUCCUCGCACGCGAGGGAGAAGCGCGACGGCAAAACCUUCAGCGUGGCCCAAAUCCCCAACAAGAACUUCCAGGGUCUCGACGUGCCGACAGCCUUUAUAAAGGCGCAUUUGAGAUAUGGCAAGUCGCUGCCACCACAGCUCAUGCGCGCAGUCAAAAAGAACCCGGCGCUCAUGACUAAGUUCAUGGCCCUCUCGCCCCAAGUCGGAGAAAGCGGUACAGUGCAGGCUACUCCGGCCGCGACGUACGACUCGGAAUAUGUCGUGCCCGUCGGCUUUGGUACCCCGCCGCAGACCAUCAACGUCAACCUGGAUACGGGCUCCGCAGACUUAUGGGUUUUCUCGUCCAAGACGGCCAAGGAGAGCGUCAAUCGCCAGACAUUAUAUCUUCCAGAGGAUUCGUCAACAGCGAAACUCCAGCAAAACUAUACAUGGCAGAUCAAGUAUGGUGACGAGUCUGGCGCGUCGGGUAUUGUAUACAAGGAUCGGGUGCAGAUUGGACAAACGUACUUUGACCAACAAGCCGUGGAGGCUGCUGUCACUGUCUCUCCAGAGAUUGCGGCGGAUUCUUUCGCGUCGGGGAUCCUGGGCCUGUCCAUGUCCCGGGCGAAUACUGUCAAGCCCGAAGCGCAGCUCACAUACAUGGACAAUAUCCAGAAGGACCUAGCGCAGCCUCUCUUCACAUCCAACCUGAAAAGGCAGCAGCCGGGCAACUACAAUUUUGGCUACAUCAACCAGUCAGAGUACAAGGACCAGAUCCAGUACGCCAAGAUCGACCCGCAGUCGCCAUACUGGAAGAUUUCCCUCACGGGAUACCAGGUGGGCAACAACACCAACGACCUCAAAUCGUAUGCGUGGAACGCCAUUGUCGACACGGGCACUUCGCUGCUGCUGGUACCCGAAGAGAUGCUCAAAGCCUACUGGAACAAAGUGCCAGGCGCUACCCUCGAUGACAAGGGCAUGUACUUGUAUCCGUGUGCGCAAACGCCACCCGACUUUUGGUUUGCCAUCGGGCAGUACCGCGGAUUCGUCCCAGGCGCGUACAUCAACUAUGGCAAGGUCAACGAUACCACGUGUUUUGGCGGCAUCCAGACCUCAGACAAGAUCGGGUUCGCGAUCCUGGGAGAUGUACUGAUCAAGGCGCAGUUUGUGGUAUUUGACCUCGGCGCGAUGACGGUUGGGUUUGCCAACAAGAACCUCAACAUCGCGCCGAGGGGCUAA